UUUCGGAACUCCGGGGCCUGCCAGUGCCGGUGCCGCCAUCGUUGAAGCGGGUCGGGGGACGGGAGCCGCUUUCCCAGUCCGCCCCGUCGCCAUCUUUGAAAAGGGCAGGCCCAGUCGAGGAGCGGAGAAAGACGGCUGCCGGGCCGGGAAGCACGAGGGGAGACCGAUCUUGAAUUAAUUCCAGCAUGGCAGAGCAUGGGAUCUCUAUCAGUCAACAAGUGGCUGUGGUUUGCGAUAGUUACUCCUCUCCCGAGGCACUCCAGAAAUUUAUCCAGGAUGUUCAAGCAGUUGUUGGAGCUGAAGGUCAUGUUUCUGUAGAAAACAUCAAUCAGCUGCUUUACUCAUCCCACAAAGAGUCCAGUUUUGAUGUGGUGUUAUCAGGGCUGGUACCCGGCAGCCUAACGCAGCACAACACCGAAGUUCUUGCUGAAAUAGCUCGGGUUGUCAAGCCUGGAGGUCGUGUCCUUUUAAAAGAAGCGGUGACCACCGAAACAGGUAACAAUGACAAACUCAAGACAGUAAGCAAACUACGAACAAUUGUGACACUCUCUGGAUUGGUUGAGGUAAAAGAGCUGCAGAAGGAGGCUUUAACUUCAGAGCAAAUUCAGACUAUCCAGAAGCAUCUAGAUCUGCAAUGCAAUGAAAUUCUCAUAGUUCAGCUGGAAGGCAAGAAGCCCAAUUUUGAGGUUGGAUCUUCAAGUCAGCUCAAGCUUUCUAUUGUCAAGAAACCCACACCUGAAAAACCAAGGGUGGAUCCCACUGCUGCAAAACUCUGGACUCUUUCUGCCAACGACAUGGAUGAUGAGGACGUGGAUCUCCUGGAUUCAGAUGAGCUUCUGGAUCCUGAGGAUUUGAAAAAGCCAGAUCCAGCAUCUCUCAAAGCACCUUCUUGUAAGGAAUCUGGAAAGAGGAAAGCCUGUAAGAAUUGCACCUGCGGCCUUGCUGAAGAACUAGAGCAGGAGAAGAAAAAUGCACAGCCAAGAUCUGCUUGUGGCAAUUGCUACCUGGGGGAUGCCUUCCGCUGUGCCAGCUGCCCUUACCGAGGCAUGCCAGCCUUCAAGCCUGGUGAGAAAAUCCUUCUGAGCGAAAACAACCUUCAGGACUCCUGAAAGAGGAGCAGCAGCCAAUGGCUUCCUCUGCGAUUCUUCAUGGUUUGGACACAACUCACGCAGGGUGGUUUCUCUAAUAAAGAGGAAGGGAAGUCUGGACUUGGUGGGUAAUUAGGAACCAGAGAGGUGGACCAAUGUGAGUUAAAAGGAGGGACUCAUGCUCCAGAUUCCCUUCUCAGCUGGGAUCACUUUCAGGACUCAUCCCUUUCUGGCAUCUUGACUGCCAAUUCUUUUUAAGGGUGCAUGGGGGUUUGCAUCUAGAUUCUGGCCAUUAUCAUAUGCUCUGUAGAUGAAAAGAUUCUGCUAGUAAGCAGCAUCAGCCCUGGAGCUACUCAGAAUUCGAAAGUGCUACCUUGUCUUACUGAGCCAACGCAUGAGAAACCUUUUUGUUUACUUGGCCUGCAGAAUGUGGCACUGCAAAACACCAAACAGUGUAGGUGGGUGGUGGGUGAUGUUGGCUUGUAGUCAAAAUUGCAUAGUCUGUCUUCAUUCUCAGUUUUGUGCCAAUGACGGGAUGUGAGGAUUCAAAAUUAAACUUGUGAAACUCCUA